AAAUGUCUCCAAAACGCCAUUUCAUUCUUGGGAAGCGUUUGCUUUUAAUUGCAUUGCAAAUCAUUGCAAUAUAAUCCAAUUGGCAUCGGCAAUUAAUUUCGUUCUUAUUCUGAUUGUCUGAGAAAUAUUCCGAUUAAGUAGAAUAAAGAAAGUAAAUAAAAAUGAGCGAGUUAGUUUGGGGUAUUAAAAAUGGUGACAUCGAUCAAGUAAAAGACAUAAUUGAAAAUAAGAAAAUCGACGUGAACGCUUUGAUAGAUGGAAGAGUUCCUCUUCAUUAUGCAGCUGACUAUGGUCAAACAGCUGUGCUGAAUUAUUUACUUGACAAAGGAGCAGAUCCAAAUAUGAUAGACAAGCAUGGAAUUUCUGUAAUUCUGGCAGCUAUAUGGGAAGGACAUACUGACUGUGUUAAAACUUUACUGAAUAAUGGAGCUUCUAAAAAUGGAAAAACCCCAGAUGGUACUCCGUACAUAGAAGCUGCAGAGAAAGAUGAAAUCAAAAAACUGCUUACAUAGAAAUGCUUCACUGAAAAAAUUAAAUAUGCUCACUAUACAAUAUAAAGCUAUAACAAAAUAACAUAAUGUAAAAUGUUUUACAUGCAUUUAUUUCAAAGUUAAUGAAUUAUUUUUAUACGCUCUGCAUAUGAAAUAUAGUACUCAUAUGAUUUUUGAUUGUGCGUCCAUCUAGUAUUAGUUUAUGUAACCAAAGGCCUAAAUCAAUUCCGGGAAAUCUUGCACCAGAUCUUAGUUUAGAAACCAUAAAAUCAAUUACUUGCUGGGGUGAGAUUUCCGAGGGGCCUUAUAUUCUAAAUUUAAGCUAAUAAAAUAUUUAAUAUUAAGAAAUUAUUCCAAGAGGACAAGUAAGAUGUAAUUUUUAUUACUAAAAUAAGAAAACAUGGUACUCCAAA